GGGGCGGAGCACACAGCCCUAGCCCCGCCCGCUUCCGUCCCGCGGCCGCGCAUGCGCGGUGCCAGUCGGGAGUUGUAGUUCCACCGGAGAUGAGGCCGCGCCGGUUCCCCGUUCCCGGCUGUGUCCCCGCCCCGAACGGGCCCUGGGCAGGAGCCCCGGGAGCGGCUGUGCGGGGGGACCCGCCCCCGUGAUCUCCAAGGCCCGAGCCCCUCCCCAAAACAACCCCACCAGCGCAUGGUUCUCCCACAGGAACUGCAUUAACACAUUAAACCCACACAAAACCCCAAAGCUUCACCCCCACAGACGCUGAGGGCACCACCCGGGAGCGGGUUUUGUCACGGUCGCCAUUUGGACCUGGACUGAUCCUGGCACAGUAUUCCUUUGCCUUGGCUGUAGCGGGAUGUGACACCAGGCCAGGAUCGAGGGCUUGGAUUGGGGAAGAGGACUGGGACGUGAUUGCUCUGGAGCGGAGGGUUUGGCUGAUCUUACCCACAGUUUUAGGACAGGAGAACAAAGGGUAACACUUCCCCAGAACAAGGUGCUCCUCAUCCUGCCUCAGGAGACAGCAAGAAUCACAGGGGUUCAAAGAGCCCGCAGAGUUCAGCUGGAAAAUCCUGUUUGCUGAACUGGUUCCCACCAGAGAGAGGGCUCCAAGCUUCCUUUUGCUUCCGCAUUUCAAGUCCUGAGCUUUGGUAUGUUCCUAGAAAACAAAAGCUUCCAACAGUUCCUGAGAGUGUGCUAAUAAACCCCCUCACUGUGGAGAACCACACUCCCCUGACCCAGACACUAGGAAGGAGGUGAAUGUCCUUGCAUGAAAGCUAAAGAAAACCUCAGGGUCUUUGCAGAGGGAUUUCUCCUGUCCCUGCUUAUUGUCAGCCCCAUGCCAAGCUGUCCCUGUCAUUGUUAUGACUGAUUUCCCCUCUGCAGGCAGGGCUGGAGUCACUUCAUUCUUGAUAGAACAGGGGAGCAGAGCUCAGGGCAGGGCACAGCUCAGCCUUUGGCCUCUGGAUUCUGUAAGGACACGUUUUAAGAAGUUCAACUCCAGAUGCUCGUGUGCACUCAAGCUCACACAUCACUAAAUCACUGAGAAAGCUAAAAAUAGCCUGAAACCUUCCGCAGGCAGGAAGGUUCUGCUGUGUGCAGAACGGGAAGCCCCUGACAGAAGGAUCCCAUCUCCAAGCAGCCCUGAGGAGUGACACCAGCAGUGCCUCCUCUCAGCUUUGGGUGGCUCUCAGCAUUCCUGGCCUGAAACACAGCCCGGACACAGUGGCUUGGUGUCCCAGGGGCCUUUUCCUGAGGUGGGGCUGGGCUGGAUGUCCCUGCUGUGAGCAGGCAACAAAUUGGUGUCAGGAGUGAAGUGAGCCCUGAGGUGGCAGCUGGAGGGGCUCAGCUCCAGCCCACCCAGGGACACUGCUCAGCAAUGCCCAGGAGCAGGGCCAAGGCAGUGCCAGCCUGACCCCUGUGGGUACAGGUGCCUCCCCACAGAGGACAGAGUCUGUGGCUCAUAACCUUUGCUCACAAGGGUUUUUCUGGUUGGACUAAAGAGGAUCCAAGCCAGGACAUGGUGAAACUUUGGCAGGGCUGGUGGCCAAGGUGACUGAGAUGUUGUUGGUCACCUACCAGGUGCUGCCUCCUCCAAACACCCAAACAAGAGCCUAAAGGACAUGCCAAGCCAUGUGCACCCACCUCUGGCAUUAACACUCCCUCCGUCCCUUGGAGCUGUUUCCACAUCCACUGUCUGUUCCCAGCAGCGCCAGGAGAUUUCUCUGCCAAAAAGGGAUUUGCUGUUACCUGGAAAUCGAUGAUGAGGCUCCAGAAGUGUCCCACAAAGGUUCUACUAGAACGUGACAGCACUGCUCCAUCAUGCUGCCACAAAUCCAUUUCCACCCAGCACUGAGACGCCAUCCCUUCUCACACGUGGCCAGUGGCUUUCAGAAAGGGCCUGGACAUCCACGUCUUGGCUUCUGGAGCUCCUUGGGCAGCCCAUUGGCCAGUUUCUCCCCUCUGCAGCCCCAGCCUGGGCUGUUUGUGGCUCCCUGUGUCCCAGUUGUGCCUGUCACAUGUGGUGUGAGGCACACAGCCCACAAAGGAAACCCUGGGUGACAAACCCCGGUGCGGGGGGCGGAGGCGAGACCGGAACAGAGCUGGUGCAGCCUCGACUGCCAUCGCAGCACCUCGGGGUGCUGCCCUGGCCCUGGGACCCCACACCAAGGCAGGAUGGAGGAUUUGGAUGCUUUGCUGGAAGAGCUGGAGCAGAGCUCCUGCCUGGCCUCCAAGGAGCGCGCUGUGCAGGGACCAAGCUCCUGCCAGGAUGCCCAGCAUGGUACCCUGAAGGUGCCGCUGCCACCUCGAGCUCAGCCUCCAGGAGAAGGUUUGGAUUCAGUGUACAGCACCCCUGUACCAGUCCCAAAGCCGCUGCUCCCCUCACCCCCACCCACGGAGGCCGCCUGGCAACUGGAUGAGCUCCUGGCCGACCUGGGCCACACGCAGAGCAAGCAGCUGGCAGCUGCAGGGCAGGGAGCCAGGGUGCCCAUGGAGUCCUUGCUGGACAACAUGCUGGACAGCCUCACCCGGGACCUGCAGGAGCUGGGAAUCACGGCCGCACCUGCCGGCAUCUGCGCCACCUGCCGCAAGCCCAUCGCUGGCAAGGUGCUCACAGCCCUGGGCAAAACCUGGCAUCCCGAGCACUUCACCUGUGCCCGCUGCGGGCAAGAGCUGGACAAGGGGCCCUUCUUUGAGCAGGGCGGGCAGGCGUUCUGUGAGGAGGAUUAUCACCAGGCCUUCUCCCCGCGCUGUGCCUACUGUGCCGGCCCCAUCCGCGAGAAAGUCCUCACGGCCCUGGAGCAGACCUGGCACCCUGAGCACUUCUUCUGUGCCCACUGUGGGAAGGUGUUUGGAGAUGAGGGAUUCCUGGAGCGCAACGGGAAGCCAUACUGCCACCAGGACUUCCUGGCCAUGUUUGCCCCCAAAUGCCAGGGCUGUGAGCGCCCCGUCACGGACAACUACCUGUCGGCCCUGCAGGGUGUCUGGCACACCGAGUGCUUCGUGUGCACGGAGUGCCUGACUGGCUUCACCGGUGGGUCCUUCUUUGAGCUGGAGGGACGGCCCUACUGCGAGCUGCACUUCCACCAGCGGCAGGGCACCAUCUGCCACGGCUGCGGCCGCCCCGUCACCGGGCGCUGCAUCACGGCCGCGGGGCGCAGGUACCACCCCGAGCACUUUGUCUGCGCCUACUGCCUGGGCCGGCUGCACAAGGGCACCUUCCGUGAGUGCGGCGACAAGAUGUACUGCCAGCCCUGCCACGACAAGCUCUUUGUCUGAGCCCCAGCUGCCCAGCACACAGCCUCCGUGCCUGGAUGUCCACGGUAUCGUCCCCACCAUCAUCAUGCCUGGCAUUGUCCCUGCUGACCCAAACACGCCUCAUAUGCCACCCAUCAACAUCCCUGGAGCUGGUUCUGCUCGGCUAACUGCCCCCAGCCUUGCUGCUGCCAGGCAUCAUUCCUUGUUCCCGUCCCUGCAAGACAUCGCUGGCACUGCCCCUUGGACCUGAAGCAAUAAAAUACCUGGUCCUGCUUUUU